GAAACAUCUGAAAGAAGGUGCCGCUGCAGGGACACAAAGAAGAAUGGAGAACAGAACCUGACUGAUUGAAGGGCUAGUAUUGGGGGGAAAAACACGAUGCACCUACAGAAUAAAACUAGGAACAAACACCAUUGGGGCACCUGAAACAGGGUGGACUGCAAUGGUUGGCAAGCAAUACUGUAUCUGAAGUCAGGGAGCUUUCCUUCAGUUUUGCCCAGUCUGAAAUCGCCUUCGUCAGUCACCCACUCCUCCAGACUUUGUCAUAGAAAACGUUACCUUUGUUCUGUGCUGCCUUGGCCUCAGGGUAGCAAUUGAACCAUCUCCUCCAUUCUUCAGCUUCACAAACAGAAAUGUGGAAGGAAAGCCUGCCGACACUGAGAAGAUAAAAUGGCAGCAGAAGAUGCCAAGCAGAAACCUGAUGAUGCCAAGCCUGCAGAUGACAAAGAAGAAAAAAAACCACUCAAGGAAAAACUCAAAGAUUUUUUUCAAAGUACCAUGGGUAUAUAUAUAGCCAUAGUGAUGACCGUCAUCUUUAUCGCCUCGGCAAUAAUAUGCAUCUAUAUCUGUGUUCUGCAAUGGAACAAAACAGCUGACCUACGAAAUGCAAUGUAUCUCGUUAGGAAGUUUAUGAUUUCCAAAGAUACAAGCUAUGAACAGAAGGGUGAUAUUGAAACAAUUUUUGAUGCAGACCAGAUUGCAGGAGACUUAGCUGCAUUGGCUCUAUUGCUUAAUGAAUUGGAAGCAGAAAUAGUCGACAUCCGUUACAGACUGAGUCAUGACUGGAUGGCAGAGAAAAAUAUCCUGUAUCGCUUUGCUAAACAAGGAUCGACGUUUUGGGAAGCAAAACAAUUUUGUGAGAAUGAUAAAGCUAAAAUAGCUAAGAUUGAAAAUGCUGAGGAGGAGGAGUUCAUAGAAAAACUUGUCGUUGACUCGUUUAACACAUACUGGCUUGGAGCAAUCAAAAAACAUAACAAAUGGAUAUGGGCGGUGGACAACACUGAAGUGACAAAAACAUACUGGAUGGAUGGUAAACCAACUGUGUCAGGAAUUCCUCCAGCAGGAAGACCCAUCUGUCUUACUCAUCAAAAGUACUGCAAGAAUAAAAGAAAGUGUUGGAUGGAUGAGCCAUGCACUGAACGGAGAAGAAUAAUCUGUAGGAAAAAGCCUCAGAAGAAGUGGAUGAGCUGACAAGUUGGCUGAACAGGGACAGAAUGAUAUUGCAUCAAAGCCAGUGAAUGAGCCCUGCCAGUCAAGCUACAGACCUCACUACCAGCUUGCGAGUCUAUACGACUCAGAUCUUGUAGAAGUCUCUGACAUCAGCAUUCAAAACCACCUUCCUUGAGAAUUCAAUUUGCAUUUAGAUGGCUAUAAAGCUGGAGUGGGGGAUAUGCUUUGUCUGUUUUAAUUGCAUGUAGGGAUGACAAGCAUUAAAAAAAAGAUCUGGAAACAUUAAGUCUUUGGAGAAGGGGUCACUUUGGUUCAGAGCUUAGAAUAGGCGCUGUGCUUCAGUUCAGUUCUAAAGAGAUUCCCAUUUCUGUUUCCUGAAAGUCUGGAAGUCUCCCUGUGGAUAAUAAUGGUGAAAGCACCAUGUCCCCUGUCAACCUCAGGGAAAACCUCCAGAGAAGAAGUAGUCCACACCCUGUGUGGCUCUCUUUUCCACUGUCAAACUGUCUUAGGAUCACAAAACUCUUCUGACACAGUACCUUAGCUGCAGUUUGACCAAAGGACUAGUGGUUGUAUUCCUACCUUUGAUGUGGACUCUUUGCUCCCUUUGCUCCAGCCUAGAAUUCCAUUUCAGACUUUUGGGACUGAAUUAAGCUGUUGAGUGGUGGUUAGCUUGCAGCCUAUGAAGAUGUCUAGACCCCUUUCACGCAUACUAUGUAUGGCCAAACCAGCUGUCCGCCCUUGUACUGUAUUUUUCUGCAUCUGAUUUUUCCUGCCUAAAUAUAAAACAUUAAUUGGUCCUUAUUGAAAUUACUUUUGGUUUGGCUGGUUCUCCAAAUUAUCCGGAUCAUCUGGAAUCCUGAUACUGUCUUCUGGUCUAUCUGUGGUCCCUCCCCCUUUUAGCUUUAUGCUUUUCAGUUUACUGUACCUUGAUUCAUAC